AUGGUUGCGCCCGCUGUCCCUGAGAUCCAUGAGGAGGAGGAUAUCUAUGUCGCAGUCGAUGCGCGCACCGAGUCCUUGCAGACCUUGCGAGAACUAGGACCCCCGGACUUGGUAUAUUUGGUUAAGCAGCCCAAGGCCAAUUCAACCCGUCAGACCGGUGUCUACCACCAUGUCACUGGAAUUGAUGCCUCCUCGUCCGCCAGUCUAGCAGCCUACGUCAACACCCUCACGUUUUCACCUCUCGACAAAACGCACAAAGUGGUAUCGGGGAUUUACUGUUGUUACAAUGCCUUCUCCCAUCUCGAUAUGCGUGUGGAAGUCAAGAUUCCCGGAAGCUUGGAGAGCUACUGCAUUGAUGAGCGAGGUGACAAGCGUGUGGCUACGGAGGCCCUCUGGCUUGAAACAUUCCUUUGCGCCGUCCUCAGAGCUUACCUGUAUGCGGAUGAUGGGAGUGGAGAUGCCAUCAAGAAGAUUGUUGGAGUUCGACGCUUUAAUCCGGUGACGAAUACGGAGAUGGAGCACAAAUUCUUGGACGCCGCCGAAAAGCUUUUCUUCUACGGACGCCAGCUGAGCUCUGACCCGGAAACCCAGGUUCCAAACACCGUGAGCAACCACUUGACAUCGGGGAUCCUCAAGUACGUCCAUACCACCGGUCGCUACACCUCCGGGAUCAACCUCUUCGAGAAGCUCCGUUCACGAGAUGUGGAGGUCUCAUCGCUCUUGGCUCGAGUACAGCUUAUGGCUGACGAGGAGGUACAAGCUGUGCGCUUGAUGUACGAUGCUUUGCAAGACGUGCCAAUGGACUAUGCCCUGCUUGACAGCCAGGCAGCAUUUUGCCAAAGCAAGGGCGAAGGUGAUAUGGCGUUGGCAUGCGCUAAACGGGCGGUGACUGCUGCGCCGAGUGAAUUCAGCACCUGGGCUCGUCUGGCCGAGGUAUACGUUGGUCUGGAACAGUGGGAUCUGGCGCUCCUGACUCUCAACUCCUGCCCUAUGUUCACUUAUCAGGAUAAAGACACCCCGCGCAUGCCGCAGCCGUCUCGCAUCAUGCUCCCGAUCCUUGCUGAGAGCAUGCUUGAUGAAAUUGAUGAAGGGCAGCCGAAGCAGGGAGACCCUCACGACUACGUCCAUCCUUCUCUUCGAAAACUGCAUGCGGCGGGCUACCAGGGGACAUUCUUGAAGGCGUACAAUCUGUUGACGAAAAUCGCUGCUGCCAUUGGCUGGGACCAACUUCUGAAGGUUCGCAGCGAAGUCUUUGUGAUGGAAGAGGAAUACCGGGUGGAGCGAAACCAUGUGCCCAAGCCCGCCCAGUCACUCGAGGCAGAGACCAAUGGGGAUUCUGCCGAGCGUGAGGCCGAUUCGGGCUCUGUCUCGGGUCCCAGUCCCUCGGAGGGGCAAUCCUCAGAGACUGCCACUAACGGUAAUGGUGAAGGGAACCAGACCGAUAACUCUAUUGAGCGGCCCGAGCAAACAGUGGCUUCCGAGGUCGUCAAGUCUGGCAGCGAGGAUCCCGACCCAUCUCAUAGUACAUACACACAGUUCCGGAAUAAGCGCCUGUGUGAGCGAUGGUUGGACAACCUGUUCAUGGUUCUUUACGAAGAUCUCCGCAUCUACACCAUCUGGCGUACUGAGAUGGCUCAGUUCCGUCAGCAGGCGAUGGAAUACAAGAAGUCAGCCACGGAGUGGGAGAUUCUUGGUGAGCUUGCCGAGCGUCUGCACCACUUCGACGAGAGCAUCGAGGCCUACCAGAACUGCCUGGUGACGCGGUUCUCACCCAAGGCCAUGCGUGGGAUUCUUAAGCUCUACGAGCAGAAAAACGACACAAGAGGAAUGCUGGGCGCGCUGAUUCGCCUUAUCGCGUGGCAGUAUCGUUGGUACUCGGAGUUCUCGCCCGAGCUCUUGCUCUUGGUCCGCAAGCUCAUCGAGGGCGAAGGUGCCGUCAAGGUCCGCAGUAUCGUCCAGGCUACCAAUCUGCCGCAGCCGGUUCUCGACCUCACACAUCAGUACUGUCAGCUCUGUGCGACCUUCCGCAGCAGCGGUAGCGACACUUAG